CAGACCUCUCCAGGGAGUGCGGUGCUGUGCGGCGCAGGUUAAAAAUCAAGAAAUAUAAACCAGAUGCAGCAGUUUUUCGACAUGGAGAACCAAGCCCAUACUACAGUGGGAACUUCUCCUUGUGAGGCUGAGCUUCAGGAAUUGAUGGAACAAAUUGACAUCAUGGUAAAUAACAAAAAAUUGGACUGGGAAAGGAAGAUGCGGGCUUUGGAAACAAGAUUAGAUCUUCGGGAUCAAGAGUUGGCAAAUGCACAAACUUGUCUGGAUCAAAAGGGUCAAGAGGUGGGAUUACUUAGACAGAAGUUGGACAGUCUGGAAAAAUGUAACUUAGCAAUGACUCAGAAUUAUGAAGGACAACUACAAACCCUAAAAGCUCAAUUUUCCAAACUAACUAAUAGCUUUGAAAAACUGAGAUUACACCAGAUGAAACAAAAUAAAUUUCGGCGAAAAGAGUUACCACACCUAAAAGAAGACAUACCCUUUGAACCGAGCAAUCUGAACCAGAAACUAGAGGAAUUUAGGGCAAAGUCCAGAGAAUGGGACAAGCAAGAGAUACUGUAUCAGACUCAUCUGGUUUCUUUAGAUGCUCAACAGAAAGUAUUGUCUGAGAAGUGUAAUCAAUUUCAGAGACAGGCACAAAGUUACCAAACUCAGCUAAGUGGUAAAAAACAGUGCAUAGAAGAAGACAGCAGCUCUGACAUUCCUCAGCUGACAUGCGAAUUAGAUCCUAGUUAUGAAACCAGUGAGAGAGAUGAGUUCAUUAUUGAAAAAUUAAAGUCAGCUGUGAGUGAAAUGGCGCUAAGCCGGAAUAAGUUACAAGAUGAAAAUCAGAAGCUCUUACAGGAACUGAAAAUGUACCAAAGACAGUGCCAGGCCAUGGAAGCAGGACUCUCAGAGGUGAAAAGUGAGUUACAGUCACGUGAUGAUCUCUUGAGGAUUAUAGAAAUGGAACGAUUGCAGUUGCACAGGGAAUUACUAAAAAUAGGAGAAUACCAAAAUGCUCAAGAAAAUAAAAAAAGAUUUGAAUCCCCUUAUUCGCCUUAUAUUAAAGAACCAGAAAGGAAAAAGCAAGGGCUGCUUUCAGUGACCCCAGAUCAACCAAAUCAUGAAAAAGAAUUGAAUAAGAUACGAAGCCAUCUCUGUGAGGAGGACGAGGACCACAGCUCUGCGCAGGAAAGAAUGAGGAAUGAAAUCUCUGACCUCACGGAGGAGCUUCAUCAGAAGGAGAUCACUAUAGCAACAAUCAUGAGGAGAGCUGCCCUUUUGGAGAGACAGUUAAAAAUGGAGUUAGAAAUAAAAGAAAAAAUGUUAGCAAAACAUCAGGUCUCAGAUAUAAGAUAUAAAACUGUCAGAGCUGAAAAUGCACACCUAAAAGGAAUGAUGGGAGAUUUAGACCCUGGACGGUACAUGAGCAUGGACUGCACUAACAGGGAACACUCAAGGCACACCUCUGUUAACAAAUUGGAGUAUGAAAAUGAAAGGCUCCGAAGUGAUCUUGCAAAACUUCAUGCCAAUGGAAAAUCAGCAUGGGGUAAUCACAAGACCUACGAAGAACCAGGACAGUAUGCCUAUCAAAACAAAAUAAAAAUGGGAAAAAAUGAACGCAGACUCAACCAAGACUGUGAGCCAAGUGGGAGCACAACGCCUCCGUGGCCACCUUUACCACUUCAAAUGAAAGAAAUGACAAGUCCUCUGGUUAGCGAUGAAGAAGUAUUCCCGCUGUCUCCCCCAGACAUGUCCUUCCCAGCUUCCUUGGCUGCACAGCAUUUCCUUCUGGAGGAAGAGAGGCGUGCAAAAGAACUGGAGAAACUUCUGAACACACAUAUUGAUGAGCUGCAAAGACAUACAGAAUUUACUCUUAAUAAAUACACCAAGCUAAAACAAAAUAGGCACAUAUGA